GUCACUAUACUGGGGCAUUAAUACUCACACAGACUGCAGUGUGGGCGCCCCCCGCUGGUCCCACUAACGCCCAGAACAAUGUCUGGCACCAAAAUCAACAGUCUUUGCAACAUUUUUCAGUCCACCAAUGACUUUGUUGACUUUGCACCAUUUUGCUCUACACCGACUUUUAAUGUUAGUGGUUGGACCAUCAGGCAGCUCCCAGCAUGACUCACCCAUCUACAUUGCUGCUGUAAUUGGCGGAUGUACAGUAUAUGUUAGCAUUUAAGAGCUGCUUUCCUCUGCAUUUCCUCCCGGAGUCACUUGUCCCUUGUGCAAUUUUGUAUUUUCUCUGACAGCUCUGUGUUUUCGUCUGGGAGGAAGUGUUUAAGAUGCACUCCAUGACGGGGUGCAUUCUGGUCGCACUGGCUGCUGCUACCCUCUCACAAUGUCCUGGAUAGGCUGCACGCUGCUGGGUGCUUUGAAUUGCCUGUAGAAAUGUUUGUACCAAUUUCCUGAACCGAUCUAUGAACAGAGUCUGUGUUUUCAUCUCAGGGCACGAGUCAGUCACUCCUACCAUCAGCAGUCUGGACCCAGAGAACACCGGUUUCAUCGGAGUGGAGAACUUCACCACCCUGGUGGAGCACCAUGAGCUGCAGCUGGACCCUGCCAAGCUGGAGAUGCUGUUCGCCCUGGUACAGAGCAACGAGGAGGGCCAGGUCUGCUACCAGGAGCUCAUCGAGCUGAUGAGCAGCAAGCGUUCCAGCAGUUUCCGCCGCGCCAUCGCCAACGGGCGCCGCACGCUGCAGAGGGAGAUCCUGCUGGACGAGACAGGCCUGGGCGUGUACAAGCGCUUCGUGCGCUACGUGGCCUAUGAGAUCCUGCCCUGCGAGACCGACCGGCGCUGGUACUUCCACCAGAGCCGCCUGUGCCCCCCGCCCGUCUUCAUGGCCAUCGUCACCGUCGUGCAGAUCAUUGUGUUUCUGUGUUACGGCAUCAUGCUAAACAAGUGGGUUCUACAGACCUACCAGCCAGACUUCAUGAAGAGUCCCCUGGUGUACCAUCCUGGCCACAGGGCGCAAGUGUGGCGUUUCUUCAGCUACAUGUUCAUGCAUGUUGGGCUGGAGCAGCUCGGAUUCAACGCUCUCCUCCAGCUGAUGAUUGGCGUGCCCCUCGAAAUGGUCCAUGGCAUCCUUCGGAUCAGCCUCCUGUACAUGGCAGGGGUGGUGGCGGGCUCCCUGACAGUGUCCAUCACAGAUAUGAGAGCACCGGUGGUGGGGGGGUCCGGGGGAGUCUAUGCUCUCUGCUCGGCUCACCUAGCCAACGUCGUCAUGAACUGGGCAGGCAUGCGGUGUCCAUAUAAGAUGCUCAGGAUGAUCUUGGCCCUCGUGUGCAUGAGCUCGGAGGUCGGCCGGGCCGUGUGGCUGCGGUUCUCCCCGCCGCUGCCCUCCUCCGGCCCCCAGCCCAGCUUCAUGGCGCACCUGUCUGGGGCCGUGGUGGGCAUCAGCAUGGGGCUCCUGAUCCUGCGCAGCUACGAGGAGAGCCUGCAGCGCCAGUGCUCCUGGUGGGUCGUCAUCUUCGCCUUCGCCACCUUCCUCCUCUUCGCCAUCUUCUGGAACAUCUUCGCCUACGAGCUGCUGGGGGUGCAGAUCCCGCCGCCUCCGUAGAUGGACGCCCCCCACGCCCCCCUCUCCUGAGCACACUCCAGCCAGGUUCUUCCCAUUACCUGGCCUGAUCGACUUUAGGAAUCCACCCAUCUUCAGCAUCACUGGACCUCUGUUCCCAAGGGAGAAAAAAACCCCCAUCUUGUUUAAACUCCACUGAAGCAUCUUUUAUUUAAAGAGCUCCCAUCGCCUUCUCCCUUCCUCAAUGGGAUUGAUGAAGCCCCUGGGACCCUGGUCUGCACCACUCCAGGCAGAGACAGACACGUAGGCCGAGGACCCUCACAGAGUCAUCUCCUGCUCUCUGUGUCUUCGUGGGCGCAGGGGGCCUGCUCACACUGCCUGCACCACAGGGUCUCAAUCCCGGGGACUGUACACAUUUGUAAAGGAAUGUCUGUAAGGAAUAUAACGUUGCCUUUUUUAUGGUUACUGUUCAUUCGUUAGAAACCUUUUCUGCUGGAUUAAACCUUUUCUUUAUUCUCAAAAACAAGGUGCAUUUCCCCUCAGCCUUUCAUCCCCCUGGAGUAACAAAUUAUUCACUUCUGCCCUGUGAUUCCAAAACAGGGAUCUUUCAGUUGAAUUCUCAGAGUUACAGGUUUUGAUUCAGCUAGAUUGCGGUCUUAUGAGGCCAUAAGCAAUCUGAAUGAGAUGAUGCACAAUUAAUGAGCAUGUUGUUCCUUCUAAGGUUCCUUUUUGGAAAUAAUGGGCAAGAUCUCUACUUCAUGUGCAGACGUUCUCUUGACAAGCAUGCCUUUGGAAGACAAGUUCAGGUUUCUUCAGAAUACGGCCCAAGUCAGUUGCUUAUAUAAUGCUUUUUGAUUGCUUUUGAAAACUAACCCAUAAAGGAACCCAAUAUUUCCAGGUUACAUUUAAUUAAAUCACUACAGCAUUUAAGAAACAGGACUUCAGCAUUCUCAAGUCAAAGUCUUUCACAAAAAAGGCACUGAAUGUCAUGAUCCAGCCUUGCUUGUUAAAAUUGUUUUGUUUCGUCCAUUAAGCUUGUCUUUGCCUUGCCCUCAUUACUAUAUAUAGUCCUCUAGGACCGUUCUGAACAUGCAUACUGUACGUCUGAAAUCAGACAGCAGUGACGCCAGGCUGGCGUCUCCAGCAGAACAGACAUUUGCUUUGAAUAGGAAAAGAGGGUCUUCUGUUGCCUUCAAGUUGUUCAAAGGCCAAUUUAUGUUUUUGUUAAAAACAAAUCAGCAGUAGCUUAGAGACAUUCAAGCUUCUCGUACCAUAUUUUCAUCAUUCCAGCUUAACCUGCGCAGUGCCAAUAGUGGCAUCAACUUAGGGUGCAAAUGAGGUAGUAAACCUGGCAUCACAUGUCACAUUUGGGGUCACAAUUCUUUGGGGAUCCUCAAGACAUGAGCAUCCGCUGUGAGGACAUCAAACACAGUGACCUGUUGCCAAACAGCGGAAGCCAGGGCAAGUUGAGGGCAUUGGUCCAUCUUGAAUGUCUUUUGCUCCAGUGUGAGCUGCAGUGGCAUCACAAAAUUAAAAUGGUUUUGCCAAAUUUAGAAGGAAAAGGAAAUUGGAGGGGAAAAAAAACCAUUAUCUUUUGUUUUUAAAAUGCUAAGGAUAAAGACAAGCAUUCCCAUACCUUACUCAGAUCUGUGAAUCCGAUCUAUGCUGUGAAAAGCGAAUGUGAUGUCUACGUGUCUGGCCUCUGCAUUUCCUACUGCCCUUCUGUGAAGCAGUGCUGUUGUGUCUUCAGGAAUGCAGACCUUGUCUCUUUGUUCUCUCGUGGGGAGAGUUUGGCAGCGGUGUGCUGGAAAACUGUUGAAGGAGAACAAAAUAUGCCUCUUGGAGUUUUUCAUUUGUUAAUUUGCAGAACCACGCUUUUUAUGAGAAGACAUGGCCUUUGAGACUCUGAGUUGCCUUGUAGAAUGCCUAUAUUAACUUUGCACUGUUCAUUGUUUCCAUGUACUCCCCACAUAUAAAAAAGAGAUUUUCUAAUAUGGAUGUUAUAGAUCAUUUGUCCUCCUGCUUAAGGCUGUGGUGAAAAGGAAGAGUAGCAUGACAAGUGAAGACCUGCUCACUGUCUGCUUGCCCUGGAUGUGUAUUCUUGCAGUCAUGUCAUGGUGCAGAGCUUCGUGGGUAGCAGGAUAUGCAGACUGACUGCUGCGUUGCGUGUAUGUGGCCGGUAUUGUCUAGUUUUGUGUCUUUAAGCAUUUGCUCUUUUAUUGGUGCACGUCUCUUCAUUGUAGAGUUUUUAAAAACUACGUAGAAACUAGAAGUGCUGUCUGAGCAAAAAGGGUCUGAAUUUCAAGGCUGCAGUGUAUUGUUUCCAAGUCACAUCUCUCCCAAAGCAAAGCCUGGCUUUGUCUCUGAAUGAUACACCAUGUGUAAAACCACUCGUGUUUUUUUUCUUUUAAACAGUUCAAUAUUUGAUUUUUUUUUUCUGCUGAGCCUCAGACUUCAGCGAACCUUCUCAAAGGAGAAGACGCUGCAUCUGGAGAAUUUGAGUUGAAGCACUGUCCACACAGUGCUGUGGCAGCUGUCCAUGGUCUCUUGGUGUGGGCUUGGUGAAAUCUUUAAGAGCUGAUUAAGGAUUUCACCAGGGGAGCCGAGGUUUCACAAUAGAAGUGCCACACUUUACAAUAACUAAAUAGGUUAUUGUGAAGAGUCUCUUCCUUCAUCACCUGUCUUCAGUGUUGAUGGACAUGCUUCUCAGUAUUAUAUGUCUUGUACAAGAUCCUUGUACGAGAUCUGAGUUGUGUUGAAUUGAUGAUCUCCUGAUAUAUAAGACAUGAUUGCUCACAUGUUAGGAGGAGGAGAGCAUGCUGAUUCCAGCUGCACAAAAACCCUUCAACCCCUGAUUACAGAGAAACAGAAGAAGACAAUUUGUGAUGCCAACGUCUUAAACCACGACACAGAAACGCUGGUGUGCUGAAGAGAUAAUGAAAAUAAUCAGAGUAAGGCAGGCUUCUUCAAAUGGCUUCUCUAGCAAGCAAGCAGUGCUCACAGGCUUAAAAAAGUGGGAAUUUUUUAUCAUUGUCUAAGAACAAGUCAUAUCUGAUCUCGAAAGAAAAUGAACACUGGGGAAGUAUUCUUAAAGAAAAAUGUUAACCAAGAUUAAAACCUGCUGCAUCAGAACCAAAACACUUCUAGUCUUUGAGCAACAAAGGGCUACAGACGUACAGCUUCUGGCCAUGAUAUUAGGAAUUGGCACAGGGCGUGCUGGCCUCUGUGAGCUACAGGAACAGUGUGAACAGAGCAUUUUGGGAAUUUAUCCUGCAGGUGAAGUUGCUGUGAGGGCAGUGGUGUGUAGGAUUGAAUUCCAUGUUCCACUGGUUCAAGCAAUUUUCAGUACAGACUGAGGUCUGCAUUCCUAAUACUUUGGCCAGUGAAUGUAGUAAUGCUGAGACGAUUAACACAGUGCUGAUUGGCUUAACUGUUAACUUUGUUCAGAUCUCUGAUCAGAAAGUGUAGUGUGCUUGUUGCAGAUGUUUCUCUGAUGUUGCGCACAAGGCUAGCCUCUCUCUUUAGAUCUCGCCUCCGAUGGAGGAAAUCUCUAAUGUCUACGUUCAGAAACAGCUGCAGAGGGGCAUCUGUAGGAUGCUCAGCUGUCUCUUGUGGCUGCUCUGUCAUUUUCUCAAGUCCACUCCCUGGCAGUCUGCGUCAGCUAUGCUCCCUGGCGUAGUCUUUGAUAACUGUGUGACUGUCAGACUUGACAAGCCUUUGUGUUCAAGACUAAGGGCUGCAUCCGUAAAACCUGUAGCAGCAGUAUCCCUGCGCAUGUCUCUUUGUUAAAACUAAGAUGCUCUGUUCCUUUUUACCUCACUGAGAAAGGGAUGGAAAAUACGACUGUAUACGUUUUAUUAAUAUUAAAGGCCGCAACUAUCACUGUGCCAAAAAUUAUUUUCUCCAGGCCUGAACAUUUGAGGUUCUAGGUGACAUUUGUAAUUUAUAUUUAUAAGUGUUCCCUGGCUUUACCCUGUCUGUGCAGUGUUUACUUUACCGAGCUAGUUUCCCACAGUUUGUAUUGUGUUUUACUGUCCCCCCAAUGCUGUAACAUGCUGCUAGCAUGAUUUUACUUUACCUUAUUCUGCGUUUAGAAAGGUGGCCACGCUUCUUCAUGCUGAUGCGAGAUUUAAUGGAAAGGCCAAAUGUCUGUUCCAAUCUAAAGCUUACGAAAGCUGAUACAGUUGGAUUGUUCUAACUGUGGUGCUCUACAUCUCUGUAGCACUGGUCCACCAAUCAUCACUGAUACAAAGUCUAGCAUAGUAGGCAGGUCCCAGUAUAAUGCACUUGCUGUGAAUGUAAAAGUCAUCAGGUAAUCUGGUCAUGUGACUGUUUGCUAUUGUAGGAAGUACAACAAAGAUAAUUUUAAUUUAGAAAAAAGGAAUGGCGACUGGUGCUUUGUUUUCACUGCAUGAAGAAGUGGAGCUUAAGAGAAAAUCCCUCACUGAAUAUCAGGAGUCCUUGUUUAAUUUUGAAAAGAUGUGAGGGGAUAUGAAAUGUACUGCUUGUUCUUUUAUUAUGAGUCCCUGGUGUCUGGAAGGAUUGUCUUUUCCCUGAUGCUCUUCAAGUAGUAAUCUCUCGCUAUACCAGCUCCUUCUGCAAUGCCACACCCAGUAAUCCAAUAAUCCACACACUGUAUGUAUCUGAAACUUGGUGUUCUGUUGACCUCUGUUCCUGCCACUCGAAUAUAAUCAGAGGUGAAUAUUAAUUUCAAUUAGGAAAGAAUGUUUGUGCUGGGUUUUGUGCUGCUACUUUUUAAUAUAAUAAAUAUUCCUGUGAUCACCCUUUUCCAGAGACUGAAACACUUGGAAUUUAGAAAUUGUUGCUCUCAAGAGUACUGUAUACUAUCUGUAUUACAUCCAUUAAGUUCUCAGGCACUUCGGGUACAACCAGUCUGUUAGGUUAAAGUAAAAAGAAUUAAGGCAUUUUUUUAAAAAGAUGCCAUCGGUUCUCCUACUGGUUAUGAGCCUGAAGCCGGUACCAAUAGCAGUGUUGUAAUGUAAUUUCCUCAAAGUAAAACCACUUCAAGAACAACAGUUAAUCAAAACGAAGAUGUGCCUGAUUGAAGCCCAGUCCGUACCCAAUUGGACAAAGAUCAACAGAUCCUAAAACAGACACAAGGGAAGAGUUUGGAGGCUUAGCAUCUUCAGUCAUGGUGUGUUUUGCACAAGCAGGUGACAUUUCCUGCAGGUUAACAGCUUGGUGUAAGCUGUUGUUGAGUUGCAAAGCUGUUCUGACUUACUCUCACGCCUGUGUUGUGUCUUUACUUUGUAAACGCUUGAUUGAGCAGUGGGUUUGCUGCCAGAAGAUCACUGUCAGCACUUGGGAGUUAUGAUGAAAACCUGCUGUGACCCUGGGGAGUAUAUCAAGGGAGGCCUGUGGCUGUUCGACCCCAAGUAGCUCCUCUCCCCCUAAAAUCAAUUGUCCUAUUGCUAGUGAAACAGUCGGCCCUAGGGAACUGGAGGGCCAGCUUGUUCAGCAAAGUAGUGCACAUCUAUGUGCUCGCUCGCUUCCUGCAGAUCAAUCCCACCAGAAAAGGUCUCUGUGGCUUGAAAUGUUUUCCAAGGUUUAAGUGGCUGUUUCUUGUAAGUGCUCAUGUUUGUGGCUGUAAUUGCUGAAAGAGAGAGACGCCAGUGUCACCCCAUGACAGCAGCUUCUCAGCAAUCUGAGACAGAGAUCUUCCAAGGGCUCCCUUUAAGGUUAAGUAGUAAAUAGUGGAGGUACGCUUUGACUAUGAUAAAUGAGAUGUGGUGUUAUUAAUAUUAUUCGAUUAUUACACUUUUGCCCAGGUUGGAAUUUUCGACCCUUACCCGAAAAAGAAACACUUCCCAGGACUCUGUCUCUGUCAGCUCUCUCAGACUUUACUACAUGAAUUCACCUCCGUAGGAUCUCAAGAGUCCCCACAGCCUGGUAUGUGCAGUAUCUUUGGCCUUGUCUGUCUCUGCAGACUCUGCUUUUUGUAUAUAAUAGGAAAGCAGCUGUUCAGCAGGCGUGGUGCUAAAACAGCCAGUGGGGGAAAUUGUUUCCCUCACAGUUGGUUUUCGGAGUCUUGUGGAUAAGCACAGUCAUUUGUUUUGACUCUUAAAGAAGGGUGGGGAGUAUCUACAGUAAAAGCCUGUCGACUGUUGUGAAUAUCAAAAGCUGCUUGUAGCUUCCUGCGGUCUCAUGAGUUGCUGCCAUAGUACCACCUACUGGGGGAAUAUUGACUCUUGUUCACUACCAGUCCUGAAGACAAUCCGGGCUGGUUUUAGAUGGAGCCUUGUGCCCAAACCAGUAAUGCUUUCCCUGACAUUUUCCCGCAGGAUUUCAACAUUCGUCAGAAUCAGGGCUUAAGCCGAGUUGAAAAAGGGACAGGGCUAACCAAGUUUGGGCCGAUCCUUCCUCAUUGCCCCGCUGCUGAGUUUUCAGCCAGCCUUAACACUGGAUUCUGUGCUUGGUUAUGCGUUUCUCAGUACGUCACAGAAGACUGAUGUGUUUCUGCAGGGUUGAUUGUGCAUGUCAUUUUCUCUGCUUGUUACUUUGGUCCUGCACGCUUCUAGAAACUUCUUGGAACAGAUUUUAUUCUCUAUGUGCCAGGGAGUGAUUUUCUUAGCUUCACAAUGUAACUCUCAGCUCUUCGCAGCUGAAAAGCUGGGGAUUUAUUACUUAAAUGCCAAGACCACCUUUACUCUGAAAGCAUCCUAGUUGAAUAUUUUCCAUACUGUAGAUUGAGGAUGUUCUGAUGGGACUCUCCCGGGAACGUAUAUUUAAUUGUAAUAUAUUCGUUAAAUAAACUGACAUUGAAAAUAUAACCAAGCCACUGAAGAAACACUACAAUGUAGUUCAAGUAUUCCGUUUAUCAGUGAAAAACAGAUUAUUUUCAGGGGAAUGGUUGUGAAUGGAAUAAGGACUUUCUCUUGUGAAAAUACAAAAACAGCUCAAGUAUUUAUAGAAACUCCCUUUAGAAUCGGGACCUUCCUACAGGUUAUUUUCAUGAUGGGCAACUGUUGUUCUUAUUUGACACAAUUGUCACACCGUACAUCUUACACGGCUUGUCUGAAAACAUAGUAGCAUCCUUAUAAAAUGCAGCAGCUGGAAUUACCUGCAGUGUGUGUAAAACUGAAGCAGAUCAAUCCACUACACAAGGGAGGUCUGGCCUGUUUCCCUGAUUGCAACUGCGCAAUUCAAUCCAACACCACAAGUCAACAUCUUCAUUAAAACAAAUCCUUCUGAAUGCAGGUACAGAGUUCAGCACAGCCCAGGGUGAAGGCAGGUCACUGAAUUCCUCAUCUCCCUGUCCAACGCAAUACAAAUAGCCAAGAAAAGUCAAUAAAUAAAUAGAUAAAUAUUGACUGUUUAAAGCAACCAAAUGCUUGUCCACCUCUUAUCAAAGACUUAUUUGCUGAAGCUUUUCAAAGGUUAACUGCUGUGAGAUUACAGCGAAAGAAAAGAUUGAUUCGCUCUGGAAGACAGGCCAGACCUGUUUGGCGGGCAAGAAAUCAUCCACACUCUGCUUUUCAAAGUUGGUUUGUUUUCACAAUCCAAGUUAUUGCCAAGAUAAGAGGGGGAGGAGAACAGAAGGAUCUCCCCCCCCCC